UAUACUAUUCGUAAUCAAACAUGAUUGAGCACGUGUUAUUUUGAUUGAGUGAAUCUGUAUAAAAGCCAGCAGUGUGAGUUGUAGAAUUACUUCCAUAUUCGCCAGGUGCCAAUCUAUCAUCAUGAAAGUUUUCAUCAUGUUGGCUGUCGUCGUUGUAGCAGUAACUGCUGAGAUGUGCAGAGAAACCAGAGACUGUCAUUCCAGCGUUACAAUGUGUGCCUCAGGAUCAGAACUUCACUGUGUUAACCACCAGUGCACAUGCACAACGGCCGCUUCCGGUACCGGAGGCUGUACCACCGCUGACCAGUGCAGCGGAAGAUGCGACAACGGACGUCAACACCACUGUGUCGAUGGUCAUUGCAGAUGUUUACACUUUUAAAACAAUAAACUACGUUUUAGUUUU